AUGUGCGGACAGAGCUUGUCGCUGGAACUUGAACGUCGCAAUAUGGGCACAUUACAUCAAGCAAUGCGUGAGACAUGGGGGCAGUGCGGACUUGACUGGCGAAUCUACAGCAGAAGCAUCCAACGGCAGGUCGCUGUUGGUGCUUGCAAUGCGUCGGGCUGCAGCAGAACAGGCAGCACCGCAAAGACUGCCCACAGAGCCACCGACUGGAUGCCCGUUCCUGGCCCGGGCACUGUUCGUGAGGCAAGGUACAAGCGCAAGCACGCCGUGCCAGAACGGAGCACAUGCACCCAGCCCCAGGCCCCGGUACGCAGCGCUGCGUAUCUGUACCUGUGGCGGGACUCGCUGCAGACGACGGAGGUGCCUGGUUGCCCUAAACCGCCUCGAAACCUGCAUCAGCUCCCUCUGGCCUGUGACCUCCCCCCCAUCAUGGGGAGACUGCUAGAAUGCUCUUCCGCUCCUCGUGGCUACUUGUGCCGGAAUUCUACGGCUUGGACCGCGCAUCCCACACGCAAUUCAUGCGGCCAUGGCUCAGACGGCUGCACACCAUCACGACGCCCACGCAUUAUUGCGAGUACCACCACCAACCCUCAGCUAACCACCAUCGCCCUGUGCGCCACGCAUCUGGCGGCGAUGACCCCCCGGCCUGUGUCACUUUCUGAUGGGGGCUUGUGUCUCUCGUUUGGCACUGUCGCUCGAGCGGAGCCACCGCAAUGCCUGCAGGAUCCGACCUGGGGCCAGUGUCUGUCCGGUCCCCAUGAUACUGUGACGGACAGGCGAAACGGUGCGGCUUGUCUUUGUUCUUGCAGCGGCGUCCCACGCGCCUCGAGCUGGAAGCGGUUUGGCGCCGACAGUAGCAGAACGGCGGGAGAGCUUCUCCCCCCUGUCGAGGACUCGAGUCGAGUCGCACCCCCGGCCUUCAGCAGCUGUGACGACCGUCAUUGUGCCGAGUAUACACAUAAGCUGUUUCCUCCUGCGCUAAAAAAAGGAGACCUGUACAACCUUUUUGCAUGCAUCACAAGCAUCAUGGAAUCAAAUCCAGAUCCCCCUGAAACAGUCAUUAUUGACUCUUCCGAGAACGAUCUAGACUUCGACUGUAACGAUGCAGCAACGAAUCACGAAUCGAAUACAAACAUGCCAUUACCAACGUUUGGAAUGAGCCGCGAGGACCUUGAGCUUGCUCUUCUACAUGAAAAUGAGAUGAUCAUCAAUUGCACUGAGCUUAAUCCGCGGGCUGCUGAAAUCUUGGAUGCGCAGGCAAGAGAUAAUCGUCUGAUAAUUCCACAGCAAAUACCCGUCACAUUGGAGGAACGGAUGAGAUAUGCAGAGGAGCAUGUUAGGCCAACACUACCUGAUUUACCAGAAGAGCUUGAAGAAGAAGAAGUGCCAACAAACAGUCAAGAUGACCAAGUCGAGCCCAUUUUGCUUUCCGCUGCAACAGCCAACGAUAUUGCUUCGCUUAGCCAACCAGUCUUUGUCGAGUCGCUUAUCUAUUCGCCUGGAAUUCCCGAGUACCCCAAUACAAGCGUCAAUGGAGUUGGUUACUGUAUUCCCAGAAACGGUAUUGAAUCCAAUGACUUUCAUGAACCUUGGUCAUCCAUACAAUACAAUAUGAUGCGCAUAUCAGCAACAAGGGACAGCUCAACAGUGUUUUUUGGUGGAAUUCCCUGCCGAAGAACAACAUAUAAGUGCACUGGUGGCCGGGCUUGUGAAUUUGUUUCAACUACCAAAUGGGACCAUUCAGAAAUCAGUGAAGAGCUUAUGUAUAGUCUCCAGACAAUACGAGAAGAACUACACUCUCCAAGCUUAUUUAGGAAGGCUAUAAGUUUUGCCCGAGGAUUCCGAAUUGCUUUUGAAAAGCAAAAAUCUUGCCGUGCAUUUUUACCCUCAUGUGAACUUCAGUUACGUGAGAGUGAAACACAUAUUGGCAAUAUUACAGAACGUCACUAUUGGGUACGCUGUUGCAAUGCUGUACCAACCCUUCCAGGCGCCAUCUCCAAUCAUUGUACAGCCUAUUGCGAUCAAUCUUACAAAGAGCAUCAUUCAGCAAUCAAAGACGUUCUAGCAGGUAGACAAUUGCAUGAAUAUGAAGAAUGUUAUUUCUUUGAUUCAAAUCGGCGAAAAAGAUCAACUUGCGAUGUUGAUCAUAUCAUGCGUCGGGGAAAGAUUGUUAAACGGAGCUGCAACGCUUGAUGGGUGUUUUUUACACCCCUCGUUGACAGAAUGCCAGCAAUUUUAAUUGCAGCAUAUGGCAUUUAUACACAUCCUCCCCCGCCCCCUAAAAAGCUUCCUGCAGCUAUUGCAACUGAUUUCUUUAAUAUUGUGAAAUCUAC